GCCGAUUUGAUUAUUGCCAUCCAUUCAUUUCGAAUGAUGGAUCCAAAUAUAGAAACCAUAUUUGGCUAAUUUGAAUUCCAUUUUAAAACCAGAUGGCAUAUUAUGCGUUACAUUUUCAUUCUGGAGUGAUCUAUUUCGAAUUGGCAAUGAAGUCUUCAUGUCCGAUGAGAUGUCAUUGCGAAUAUCGGAUGAUUCAAUGUACAAAUUAACAAAACCAGAUUGGAAUAAAGAAAUGGAAAAAUUAAAACAAUUACUUGACAAAUACAGAUUUCGUAUGGACAACAACUCAACAGUAAUCGAAAUGGUCGAACAACGGAUGGAAUUCGAUACGUUGAAACGAAUACAGGAUUGUAUCCGUUUCAUUUAUCCAUUAACUCCAUUCGUACCGGAAUCAAAACGUUUGAGAUUUUUUAGCAAAUUUUUCGACAAUGUUUAUGAUCAUUCAAUGUCAGAUGGUUGGCAACAGGAACAUGAAAUAUAUCAUUUGCCAUAUCAGUAUUUAUCGCUUUGUACGACCAAAUAUGGGCCCGGCAGUCAAUAGAUAUAUUCUUUAAAGAAUGUUUGCAUGUUUUGAGAAUUUUUCAGUUUUUUUUUAUUUAUUUAUGCAAUUUCCAAUGAACUAGCAUCAUUAAUUUUAAUACAAUUCAAACACUUGACGCUUGA